AUGGAGAGAGCCGCUGUGACGUUGGCCCGCAGGAGUCCCCCAGUACCAGAGUACAACACCUCAACCUCCACCUUGGCUUUCGACCAGCAUUUCACCAUGACUGCCAAAGGAAUACUGCUCCUGGCUGAGAUAGUUUUUGGUAUGUUGGUGUGGAUUCUGUUGGGUGGUACAGAGUAUUUUCUUCACCCUGCUCUCUGCUGGGUGAUGUUUGUUUCCAUCUUGUGCUGGGUUCUGACCAUUUGCCUGUUUAUAAUUUACCUCACUGGAGCCCACAACAGGAUACCACAGGUCCCCUGGACUACACUGUCUCUGUGUGUGAACAGUGGUGCCACAGCUCUGUACCUGGUGACAGCAGUGGUAAACGCUUUCUCAGUCAACAAGGCCACAAGGGGGCGACACAACUACAACUGCUGGGCAGCAUCUGCAUUCUUUGCUUUUCUGACCACACUGUGCUAUGCAGGAAGUAGCUGCCGGAGUUACCGUGACUGGAAAACCACAAAGGAGGAGCAGUAAUCUCAUUACUUCUUGUUUGAAGACAACAUUGUUUGCACUUUCCCUCAGGAGCAUGUCUGUCAGAGAGAUCCAACUCGAUUCUCUUGAAGUCUAAUUAAAACUUGUACAGCACUGUAAUCAAUUUGUCCUGGUCAUGAUGAAAAACCUUUGUUGCAUGUCGCAUACAGGCAGAGGAGGAGGGGG